AAACCAAACGAACCACCUUAGUACUGCACAGCUGACUAAUUGAAUAUUUACAAAAUUAAAUUCGGCAUUAAGUUAGUGAAAAAGUUUAUUUAUUUAUUUAUCAAAAUGCAUAAAGCAAAGAAAAAAACUAAGCCGGGUAAAAUUCCAAAGCCUAUUAAAAUAAAGAAGGAAAAAACUGAAGAAGAUCGCACCCUUCAUCCCAUGUCGCACUACAUUGAUGACCGGCUGGAAUUGGUAAAACAAAUCUUUGGAUCACUCAAACCGAAAACCAUUACCAACCUAGCACCAGAAUUCUUAAAGAAAAAAAGUAUGGAUGAAAUAGAAGAGCUCUGCUUGAAUGAAUUGUUAGGCAUAUCUACAAAACGAUUACUAUCCAUAAUUAAUGCUACAAAGUGUCCCUCGGAUACAGACUCAUCAAGCGAUUCUGAUGUAGAACACCAGGAAGAACACAUCUCCCUUGAAGAAAUCUCAUCAGAUAGUGAAAUCGAAGGCACAUCAUCCAAUGCCGGAAAGAAAAAAGCCAACGCAUCAGACGGUAAAAAUAACACCAAAAAAUCCACAAAAGGUCCAGCCGAAAAAGAUGAAAAUAAUGGACAAAUCAGCGUAUUGGAGCUUCUUGAAUUGCAGGCGCGUGCUCGGGCCAUACGCUCCCAACUGGCACUCGAGCCAGUAACAAAGAUAGAAGUGGACUCUGAUGCAGAGAAAGGUGAAGGAAAAAAGACCGGUCUCAAAUCUACAAACGAAGCCAACCCAAAGGAGCAUAAACGUAAACGCAGACGUAAAUCCAGCGAGAUGAGUAAAGACGCUGACAAAUCAUCCUCUUCGAAGGCAAGCAAAGAAACUACGAGGGCUGAGACUAAAACACCUGGUACUUCAAAUGCGAAAGCAAAGAGCAAAGAAGAUGGAUCUCAAACAACAAUCAAACCAACUAAAAUAAAGAGAAAUUACCGCAUCAGCAACCAGGACCCCGAAUCAAGAGUUAGUGAAACUGAAAAUAAAUCUAGAAAUAAAGCUCCCGAGGCUGCGGCAAAGGAUGUGAAAACAGAGACAAGGUCCCGUUCGCCAACUCCAGAUGUUAUACCAAUAAUUGCGGAGCCAGAAACUUUAUUCAUCAGUGACAGUUCGGACGGCGAACAUGAAGAGAAAGAAAUCACUAAAGCAAAACAAGUGGAAUCUUCAAAAAGUGAUAGCGCUAACGGUGCUAACUGUACAGAAGUUGCUCACAAAGUUGGCACUGAAAUUUCUACGCGUGAACGAAAAAUAACCGAACCAGAAGAAGGCGAGUUAAUCGAAAACCCAACGGAAGAUAAUCAAACAGACGAUAAUACUGCUGCUAAUGAACCGAGCUUGGGUUCACCGUCCACUGACAAUACGGAGUCAGCAAAAAAAUUGUCACAAAACAUUGACGAGGUGGGAACAGAAGCAAAUAAAACAGAAAACGAAGUCGCUGAGGAAGCAGAACAAACCCCACAAGAGUCGGCGGCUAUUGUAACUGAGGCAACAGUUGCAACCAAUAAUUCUGCGCUGCCGCCAAAGGAGGAGCAAAGCUUGGCGCCUAAUCUCGAAGAUGAGGACGAUGGCAAUGAUGACGUCAUCUCGCUUGAAGGUGGUGAUCUUGAAGAAGAAAUGAUUGAGCAUCUGGAAGAAGACACAAAUACAAAAUCAUCAUUUGCAACUUCACCGAAAAAGGCCAACACAGCCAAUGAGGAGCAGGAUGCCGACGUAAUAUCACUGGAUUCGAGUGAAGAGGAUGAACGAGAUAAAACUAGUUCCGAAUCAUGGCAUUCGCGCUAUUUGAAGAGCUCUAAAGUAAGCAAAGUGCUGGCGACAUCGCGCCUUGGCAAACGCGUGCGUGACAAUAUCAAAAAGUCGAAACGUUCCAAAAAAGAUACGGAGCGUGUAAAAGUGCCAGAAGAGAAAGAAAAACCGAGUCCAAGUUAUGCCUCGAAGCACGAAGACGGAUCUAUCGAGCAGUACAAAGAGUUGCUGGCCAUGCGACAGCGUAAAAAAUGAAGCCCGAAGUAGAAAUAUAUAUGUACAUACAUACAUAUAUUACAUAUGUGCAUGCAUACAAAUAGACAGUAAAUGCUGAUUUAAGUAAAUAAAAUAUUUGGUAUAAAAUCAUAUUCCACAAUUCAUAGCAUACAUUCUUAUAUAUUUAUGCAUAAUCGUUUUAUUUAAUAAAAAAACCGAAAUA